AUGUACGAAUGGAUACAUAGCCAAGACGUAAAUGAGGAAUCUUACGCGAAGGCAGCCCUUAGAAGACAUUUCUUAGGGGGAUUGCAGGACAGUGAGCUUGCGCAAGCGGGAAAAUCACAAAGAGACAAACCAUUUCCUGAAUUGCUCUCGUGGCUCCAAAAAGAAAACGAGGAGGCACAGGAACUGAGGGACAUUAAUUCCCGAUUAAGAGACGGGCAUUGGGACCAAAAUGCCAGAAACUCAUAUCGAGGAAAUAAUAGACCCAAAAGUAAUAACACACAAUAUCAGGGGAAUAGAAAUGAGUACGCCGGCAAUGGAAAUCAGAAUUUCCGAAAUGGCUAUUAUAAUAACUAUAACAAAAACAAUAACGCGUUUAACAAUACUGGUAAUAGAAACAACUAUAACCAGCGAUAUGAGGGUGACGCAGGAUAUGGAAAUAAUAGCGCACCAAAUUUCAACAAUAACAAUAACUACAAUAAUAGAAAUAAUUUUUGGGAAUAUGAGGCACAAAAUCCGCAACGAAGAAGUGGCGGAUUUAACAGCUGGCAGGAUCGGAAUGAUCAGGCGACUCAAAAUGACAAACCGUGCUAUAUGUUUAGCCGGUGUCAAACACCAAAAGACGAUUACAGAAGGAAAGAGGCUAGGAAUCCUCAAUUCAUGGCUCACAGAAGGGGACCCACGAAGAAAACUGCCGUCAGCAGCCGCGACAACAAGGUAGCAGAUUUAGUAAUUGGUGUGAUCAGCAAGAUCAACACGCAAGAUAUAAUCAAGGGCCGCGCCCUCAACAAGGGCAGCAACUUUGAUUAUAUAGUGCUGCAGAGGGAAGUAAACGAAAGAGAAGACCCGAGUCCUAAGGUCAUGAAAGAAGCCAUGGAUCGGUGGGGUUUAACAGACAUUAAGGUGGAUGAUAACCAUAAUCUAAACUCAUUUACCGAACUAAGAGACCGGCGCAUUAUGGCGAGAGCGCGAGCGCGGGGAGACCUGCAGAGCCAGGCAGCACUUGUAAAUAGAAAUACACAAGUAAUUUACGGUAACAAUAGUAAUAACGAAAACAAUAAUAAUAGCAAUAUGAUUAAUAAUAAUAAUACCAACAUUGCUGGUGGGAGGAUUAAUACCCCAUUCAGACAAAUUUUUAAUAUAAGUUCGAACGAGAACGUAAGAAACUCGACGAACAAUAAUUUUGAUAGCAACGAGGAGGCUGAAACAACCCUCGAAGGUUUAGACCUAGAUUCUAGAAUGGAUUGCGACCUCCUAGAACACAAACAAUCUCCGAGAGCAAUCGGAAGUGACAGGAUUAAUAAGCUACGAGAGGCGAUAAACUUAGCACACCUACCGGACAAAGAUUUCACAGAAAUAAAAUCAAUUUUAGAAAAUUUUGUGGACUUAUUUUUUUUCAAGGGAGAUAGGCUGACCAUCACUGAUAUAGCAGUGCAUGAGAUAGAGACCUCCUCCAAUAUUCCUAUUAACAAAAGACAAUACCGAUUUCCAGAAGCCACAAAAAGGCACAUUAACAAAGAAAUCGAAGAAAUGAGGGCGCAAGGCAUUAUCAAGCCAAGCACAAGCCCAUGGAAUGCACCAGUGCUGUGCGUACCGAAGAAGCCAGAUGCGGAUGGUAACAAAAAGUACCGCAUUGUGGUAGACUUCAGAGCCUUGAAUGAGCCAAGAUAA